GUGACAGGAGGAGCGGCUAUAGUUGAGAGUUUUGGUGUUUCGCGAAAGGCGAGGGUUGCUUCGUUUGCUUCCGUCAACGGCGGGCAGUUUGGCUGUUUGGACAUUCAGAUCCAGUUUUUUGUUCUUUCUUUCUUGCUGCUGCCGCCGCCGCCAUCAUGUCCUCUGAUUUCGAGGGCUACGAGCAAGACUUUUCGGUUCUUACCGCUGAGAUCACGAACCGCAUUGGAAAAAUCCCCAAGUUGGUUGGAGAUGAGAAGAGACAGUUGGUUUCAAGUGUGGAAAAGCAGCUGGAGGAAGCAAGAGAGUUGUUGGAACAAAUGGAACUUGAAGUGCGUGAAAUCCCUCCACAGAGCCGAGCCAUGUACAGCAGUAGAAUGAAGAGCUACAAGCAAGAAAUGGAAAAACUUGAUACAGAUUUUAAAAGGUCACGGAUUGCCUACAGUGACGAGGUGCGGAAUGAGCUCCUAGGGGAUGAUGGGAAUUCCUCAGAGAUCCAGAGGGCACAUCUGCUCGAUAACACAGAGAGGCUGGAAAGGUCAUCUCGGAGACUAGAGGCUGGGUACCAAAUAGCAGUGGAAACUGAACAAAUUGGUCAAGACAUAUUAGAAAAUCUCAGUCAUGACAGAGAGAAGAUCCAGCGUGCUCGAGACAGACUUAGAGAAACUGAUGCGAACUUGGGAAAGAGUUCAAGAAUCCUUACAGGAAUGUUACGAAGACUCAUCCAGAACCGGAUUUUGCUUGUUAUCUUGGCAGUCAUCAUCAUCUUUGCCGUCCUGAUGGUUGUUUUUUUUUCUAUCAGGGGACAUUGAUAUCUUUGUUCUUUGCUACCCUGCAGCAAACAGUUUCAGAAUCAUGAAGACAAAGUGGUCACACGAAUCAUUCUCUUGCACUGAAAUGGCGUUCCUUCUCAAAGCCCACAGUUGAUCUCUGGUGCAAAUAGCAGAAGGGUUUGUGUCAUUAUUGGCUGCAUAUUGAUUAAAUAAUUGUCUUUGGUUUAGCGAUAUUUCAUAAUAGAAAUUUCCAUAUUUAGCAUAUGGAACGGCAAACAUCAUUAACAGAUAUGAAGACUGCCGUCAUAAUUACUGAACUAAAUUUAAGGGCAAAUAGUUUACACUAAUAAUGACAACAAUUGACACACACAAUUUGUAUGUAUUGAAUUGGUAUUUAAAUCUUUAUUAGAACCCCCUUUUAUAAUCCUGGAAAUAGAGGCAAAUAAAUAAAUCCAUACCUAUCCCUUGUCAUUCUCCUAACUCUCUUAUAUAACUCUAUAAGCAAAGACAUUAGUUUCUAAUAAAUAUACAGCUUUUUAAAAAGUAUGAUUUAAUGUCCACGGUGAACUUAAUAUUUCAAGGUUUAUCACUUGGAUUUUCAUCUGUCCCGUGUUUUGAAUUGUCAACCAAGUUUAUUUUGCAGUUUUCCCUAUGACCAUGACAUUACACAGUUAGUUUUGUUUUGUAUUAUUGUUGUUUUAAUGUGUAUGGAGUUCAAAUCAAGAACAUACUGUUUAAUAUAUUUAGGAGAUCACUUCAUGGAUCUUAAUGUAAGAAAAUCAUGGAAUUUAAAAAUCUACGAAUUGACCUAGAAUCAAUGUGCUGGUACUGUGGUUGAAUGAAUAUUCUGAAUGAAUUAUAUCCAAAGGUAAUGUUCAUUUGCUUAAAAAAAUGUCUUAAAUUAAUGUUUUUGGAUAAAAUCUGUCCACAUUAGGCUCUGUAAAAUAAAUUAAGCCAGAUUUCACUUAUCUCCCCUUAGCCUUGUUUUGAUAAUAAUUUUGACCUCUCAUCUCCAACCCAGUUUACAUCAUCUGUAUUUAGAUACUGCAUUAUAAGUCAAGUCCUCAACCUUGUAACCUUUGUAUAGCCAAGGCAAGUUUACUGUCUAGUCUAUGCAGGAAUAUAGUCCAAUAUUCCUGCAUAAACUAGAUACAUUAGAUAGGAUGACCUCAAAAUCAUAUUUUCAAUGAACACAUAUAUUGCUUGAACACUCCUAUUACUGUAUUUAGUAUUAUGUGAAAAGCUUUUUUGUGUUUGUGCACUUUUAAUAUAUAUGAAAUCAUUGAUAAGCUCUACAGUCUCACACAUAUUCACCCCAUCCAUUAGACAUAACUGGAAAUAAAAUCUAGCAUUAAAACUGAAUAUUAUGUGAUUUUUUCCCCUAUUCAUCCAUGUAAUUCAAAUAAGCAGCUUCCUCCACUGCCCCUAAUAAUUGUCAAGCCCAUCAUCUGUGAACAUAUAACAUAGUAUCCACACUGACUAGUGGAUUUACUUUAUUUGGUUCCCAAUUUCCCGGAAUGUUGGGAACUAUGGAAACUGUGUUUUCCAAUGUUCCUUGAAUUCAUUGGGCAAGCGGGAAGCUUUCAUGAUAACUUUUAAAGUUCAAUAUUUAUUUCCAAAGAUUUAAAAUUGUUAUGGAACAAACUAAGCCAUAUUACAGAGGCACAAAAUAUUGGCAAUCAGCUGAAGGUCAUAAGAAUCUAAUAGCUUUAUUCUACCUAGUAUUUGAAAGAACAUUUCCAUGAUAUCCAUGUUCAAACACUCUGGAAUGGAAUUUGACCCUAAACAUGUUUAGUAUACCCAGAAACAAAGAACUGAAUGAAUUUUAUGUUGAUGUAGCUGAGUCAAAUAAAACUAAUGUAGCUUAGGAAAAAAAAUGAAGAUGAAGAGAUUCACAAGAGAAAUGUUGUUUAUCGAAAAGGGUUAGGGCAUGUAUGUCUUCAGAUAAAUCAUUUAAGUUGUGUAAACAGAACUAUAGCUUUUACCUUCUUAAUAAUAGGGAAAGGCUAAGUUCAUGGGUUCUGGGCAAAAGGGGAUGAAGCAGAUGCUUUCCAGUGUUAAAAGUAUAUAUCAAAGCAGGUCAGAAGAUGUACAUUUUCACAAAUCCUUUGUUCUGAAAACAGCUACUGUAAAUAUAAAGUUCAAAGAAAAUAUAUUAAAUUGUGUUUAGAGGCU